GAAAAGAGGGAGCGCUCAACAUACACAGCUAGAGGGAUGCUCCACCAGAGGAUAGCGGCAUCAUUAGCACGCGCACGCGCCGCUCUAUUACCGCGUUCUACUCCAGGAGACAAUAAGACACAGUGACACAUACUUGGAAUUUAAACCGGUGUCAUAAAUCACCGCACCGGCUCUAGCACAUGAGGACUUAUUUUAGUGCCGCUGAAAAUGCCUCAUGCACUGGUCCAGGUCAGACUGACCAAUACCUACCACUACAAGCUCAUAUGAGAGGUCCCGGGUGUUGUGUUGUCUGCUCCUGUGUUUUGACGGAGCACCACGACCCAGAUCCAGUCUACUUGCCUCAAGGACCCCACAUCCACUCCCCCUUUUUGUCUCGACAUUAUUGUACAUCACUGCAGCUGGCAGCUUCCGGUGGAAAAUCCAGACAGCUCUGCUCUCUCUCCGACUCGCUGAUGAACUGAAACUUGUCAGGCGGCAGUGAAGUGAUGAGACUUGCUUUGAGAAGUGGGUGCCAGAGGGGUCUCACAAGCCUCUGCCUUCAUCAUUUAUAAGGUUAUUGGAAUUUUCCAGCAUAUUUUGUGUCAAAGCCGCUGCCAAAGGUGUGCCACUAAACCAAAAACGAGCCAGGAAGGAGGUGCCAGCCGUUCAUUGGAGAGAGAGAGAUGUGGCUGCAGGGGCAGCGAGCGGCUCUGGCUGUGCUGCCAAUCAUUGUGCUGCUGUGGAAGAAGGUGGCUCCCAUCGACGUCCCUCUAGACCCAAGGAUCCAGCAGGACUUGAAACAGCCCCCUACCAUUGUGAAGCAGUCUGUGAAGGACUACAUUGUAGAUCCCCGAGAUAACAUCAUCAUUGAGUGUGAGGCCAAGGGGAACCCUGUGCCAAUGUUUUGGUGGAGGCGGAAUGGAAAGUACUUUAAUGCAGAGAAAGACCCGCGUGUGUCCAUGCGGAAGCGCUCCGGUACUUUGGAAAUAAGCUUCAAGACUGGAGGAAAGCCUGAAGAGUAUGAAGGAGAAUACCAGUGCUUCGCUUCAAAUGACCUUGGCACUGCAGUUUCCAACAAAAUACUCCUACGAGUAUCCAAGUCUCCACUGUGGCCUAAAGAGGUUCUGGAGCCAGUGGUGGUCAGUGAGGGGUCUCCGCUGAUCCUGCCCUGCAAUCCACCUCCUGGCCUGCCUCCUCCGAACACCUUCUGGAUGAACAGUGCCAUGAUGCCCAUAACACAGGACAGCCGGGUGUCAAUGGGACUGAAUGGGGACCUCUAUUUCUCCAAUGUGUUAGCUAAGGAUGCUAGCACUGACUACAGCUGCAAUGCUCGAUUUCUCUUCACGCACACCAUCCAGCAGAAGAACCCCUUUUCCCUGAAAGUCAUGACAAAGGAGCCUUAUAAUGACACACACUCCUCUCUGAACGACACUGACCUGUAUGGUGCACGCAAAAUUCCUGAAAAUGCACCUAGCUUUCUCUCUCCCUCUGGAUUGCACAGCUCCAAGAUGGUGCUCCGUGGGGAAGACCUUCUUUUGGAGUGUAUCGCUGCAGGAGUCCCAACCCCUAACGUCAAGUGGUUUAAGAAUGGCGGGGAUCUGCCGGAAAGGAAGGUGAAGUUUGAGAACUACAAUAAAACUCUGCGUAUCGUUUCUGUGUCAGAGGAGGACUUAGGAGACUACGUCUGCAUGGCCAGUAAUAAGAUUGGCAGCAUUCGACACUCUAUCUCGGUUCAAGUAAAAGCUGCUCCCUAUUGGCUCAAUAAGCCUACCAACCUGGUGCUUGCCCCAGGUGAGAAUGGACAGUUGGUAUGCCUAGCCAGUGGAAACCCUAAGCCCAGCAUUGAGUGGCUAGUAAAUGGAGAGCCAAUAGAGAGUUCGUUGCCGAACCCGAGUAGGGAUGUGGUAGGUGAUGCAAUCAUCUUCAGGUCUGUGCAAAUCAGCACCAGUGCUGUGUACCAGUGCAAUGCCUCAAACGAACAUGGAUACCUGCUGGCCAACGCUUUCGUCAACAUACUAGAUAUGGCACCUCGCUUGCUGGGCCCCAAGAACCAGCUGAUUAAAGUGAUUGAGAAUCAUCAAGCCUUCCUGGACUGCCCUUUCUUCGGUUCACCAUAUCCAGACGUGCGCUGGUUCAAGAAUGGCCAUGGCAUUGUUCUGGACGGUGUAAAGUAUAGGUUACAUAACAAUGGUACACUGGAGAUCAAGCGGGCUCGCCCUGAAGACCAAGGAACAUACACGUUCGUGGCCAGCAACAUCCUGGGCAAGGCUGAGGAUCAAGUCCGCUUGGAAGUCAAGGAGCCAACACGAAUAGUCCGGAUCCCAGAGCACCUCUCUGCCAAUCGUGGAAGUCUGGCCCGGUUUGACUGCAGAAUCAAACACGACCACACACUCCCUAUCACAGUCAGCUGGUUUAAAGAUGACAAGCCCCUCGGUUUUGGUUGGAUGAGCAAGUAUAAGAAGGAUGAGGACUCAAUGUCGAUCCACAACAUCCACAGUGACGAUGAGGGAACCUACACAUGCACAGUCACGACAGAGUUAGAUCAAGAUUCUGCCUCUGCCCGCCUUACUGUACUGGAAGAUGAUUCCCUGUCUCCCUCAAAACCUAGUGCCUUCGCAGAUCGUCCUGAUCCUCCUGAGGACCUGGAGCUCUCGGACCUAUCAGCGCGCUCUGUCCGCCUCACCUGGGUCCCCGGCAAUGAAAACAACAGCCCUGUCACCCAAUUCCUUGUUCAGUAUGAAGAGAACCGGUUGAGACCAGGUGAAUGGCAAAAUCUGUCCAGUUAUGCAGGUGACCAGAACUCAGUGACCCUGCAGCUGUCUCCCUUUGUGAAUUACCAGUUCCGAGUCAUCGCAAUUAAUAGCGUGGGCCAGAGCCGCCCCAGCCUUCCCUCCACCCGCUACCAGACCAGCGGAGCUCCCCCUGAUGUUGCCCCUAGUGGCCUUAAAGGGUGGGGCACUGGAAAGACCAACAUGGAGAUCUCUUGGCAGCCCUUAUUGGACACACAAAGGAAUGGACCUGAACUACGUUAUAUUGUAUCAUGGAGGAGGAAAGACCAUGAAGAGGAGUGGAAUAAUGUAACCACCAUCAGUACAAAGCAUGUGGUCAGGGAUACAGAGACGUAUGUCCCCUACGAGCUUAAAAUCCAGGCAGUCAAUGACUUUGGACGAGGCCCAGAAACAAACAUAGUCAUUGGUCACUCAGGGGAGGACAAACCCUCUGCUGCCCCUGCUGACCUCAGGGUGUCAAAGAUUGACAGCACCAAAGUGAAUGUGCACUGGGUUCCUGUCGACCCCAGAAACAUUCAUGGAGAAUUUAAAGAGUACAGACUGUACUAUUGGAGGGAGGCCAGCCUGUUGAAGGGUCUGAGGGUGACCAAGGAGAAGAAGACGAAAGGUUUCUACAGCGAUGUGUCUCAGAGCACUGGCAUCCUUACUGAUCUGAUCCCUUACAGCAAAUACAGCAUGUACAUGGUCAUAGCCAACAGUAAAUUCGAGGGACCGCACAGCAAAAUAGUGGAGUUUGAGACCAAGGAAGGCGUGCCAGGGGCUCCAAAGUUCUUUAAAAUUGUUCAGAGGAACACAGACACCAUUCACCUGGAGUGGGACAAGCCUCUUGAGCCAAAUGGCAUUCUGAUCGGAUACACACUCAAGUAUAAUACAGUUAAUGGGACACAGGUGGGCAGUCAGCAAGUUCAGAGCUUUUUCCCCAAUGAGACAGAAUAUACGAUUCGUCUGCCUGACCGCUUUACCCGCUACAAGUUCUACCUGUCUGCUCGGACGCAGGUUGGAUCUGGAGAGGUCUAUGCUGAGGAGUCACCUCACUUUGCCAAUGAAGACUUUAUCACUUCAGGUACUGACUCUGCAGGUGUAGUGAUUGAUUCUACAGAUGCCUUGGUGUUUGCAACUCCUCCUCCCCCUCUUCCCCCAACCACCGUCCUGACUACAACCAUUAGUACCUCAACAACUACUACCAUUGCCCCUACUACUGCUGCUACCCCCACUACUCCUGCUCCAACUACUGCAACAACUCCAACUACAACCACCACUACUACCUCCAGCACUACAACUCUCCCUACCCCACCUUUCACCACCAAGCGGGUGGAUAUGAACAUGCUGGCCCCGCAUGUAAAGAUCUGGAAUCUGACCGUGGAUGCUAACAGUGACUAUGCUAACGUCAGCUGGAAGCACAACUUCCCUGUUGACAGCAGCGAGUUUGUGCUAGAGUUCACACUGGACAGUAAUGGCCCUAUGAAAAGUGUGCUGUUCAAACACCAACCCCCCAUUAAAUUGGCUGGGCUGACAGCUGGGGCCAAGUACCGGCUACGUGUCUAUUCCCAUGAGCAGCCUAGCAUCACCAGCGAGUAUGUCACCUUCGAGACCAGCGGAGCCUACAGCAAGGAUCAGGUAGACAUUGCCACGCAGGGCUGGUUCAUUGGUCUCAUGUGUGCCAUCGCACUUCUGGUCCUCAUCCUGCUCAUCGUUUGCUUCAUAAAGAGGAGCCGAGGAGGAAAAUACCCAGUGAGAGAGAAAAAAGACCUGCCUUUGGACCCUGUAGACCAGAAAGACCAGGAUGGAUCAUUUGAUUACCAGAAUGAGAACAGGUCUCUUGAAAGGGAAAGUAGCGAUGAGGACAACAAACCUCUGCAGGGCAGCCAGACAUCUCUGGAUGGAAAUGUGAAGGAAAGCGAUGACAGUCUGGUGGAUUAUGGAGAGGGAGGGGACGGGCAGUUCAACGAGGACGGCUCCUUUAUCGGCCAAUACACAGUCAAAAAGGACAAGGAGGAGACGGAGGGCAAUGAAAGCUCAGAGGCCACUUCACCUGUUAAUGCCAUCUACUCACUGGCGUAGAGCCUCCUUCGCCUCCGCCCUGGGGACAGCACCGCCAGGAAGCUGGAGGCCUGCAAAUACACGAAUAUUUAAGCCAAUAUAUGUAGAGAGAGAGCAAAAUGGAAACACACAUUACACAGAACGCUGAGAUGCCUUGUCCCCAUGAAAAGAAGAGGGUCAAAGGUCAAAAGCAGACCCUAUCCCCACACUAUUUGGAGGGGAAUUUAGAGCAGUGCCUCUGUCCCUAAGCCCCACACAGACUGUAGUGUGUCUAUAGGGCAAAGGGGCAUAGGGAAAGGGACGGCAACUUGGGACUUUAAAGCAUUUUGUGUGGCUUUUUUAUUUUAUUUUUAGAAAUCCCAAACCCGCUUUUACCCCUGACUCCCUCUCUGUAGCUAGCAUCAAAGAAAAGGAGACACAAGCGGCAGUCCUGUGACAUAUCAACUGUGGGCCGACUCCGCAAAGGGACGUCGGCAAAUGUGUUUAUCAUAUUGAUAUUUCAGCAACGAAAGAUCUGUUUCUUUUUCCUUCUCACAGCCGAUAGAUGUGUCAAAAAAAAAAGAUACAUGAAUGCUGUAAACAGUGCCGGCACAGCUUGCUGUGCCAUUCAAAGCUAUGCACUAUGUAUUACCACUCUACAUUUUCUUUGGUUUGAAAUCGGGUGAUAAAACUUCUCAUUUUCUUUUUUAAAUGUUGUCUUGCGCAAAAAGCUAAACCUUAAAUCUCUGAAAUGCUAUACUUCCUAUACCUGGCAUCCUCCCUGCAGAUAUGUAUGUUUUCAUUUGCUGCUUAUCGAAAACUUUUGCGAGUACAUUUUCAUUGGCUGCAGCUUUAGCAUUGCCAUAAUCGCCACUGAAAUUUAUAGGUCCCAACCCAAGCACCAUCACUCGUAAAAUGUUGAGAAAAGAUAUUAUUUUGAAGCAUGGUAGACAUUUAGUGCAAGAGACAAUGGAUAGGAUGAAAAGAAGACUUUAUCUCUUUUAGGGAGACAUUAUGUUGGAAAAAACACAAUUGUAUAAUCAUUUUUCAUAACUGACACUAAAUAUUAGAAUGACGAUAAUGAUGAUCAUGAUGAUGGACCUGAUGGUCACCAUUGUUGUAGUAUUUGGGCCUUUGUUUUCAUAACAGAUUGUGCAGGGAGUUUAGGACAGUUGAGAUGCAAAUGUAGGUGGACUGCUAUAAAAACGUGUAGAAGCAGUAAAUACUGAAUGGCUUUCUUAACAGAGAGAAAAAGUCACAUAUGUGUAUUUUUUCCUUGAUUGGAAAAUUGACCUAUCUUGCUCUGUCCAAAAAUGUGUUGUUUCAUAGCAACUGUUGCAAGGUUUGCUUUGUAGGAAAAUCCAUGUAAGAAAUUCUAGCACACAAUUCUUUUUUUUGUUUUGUUUUUGUUCAAAAGCCUACAUUUAUUGUCAUAUUUGAAAUGAUAUUUAUUUUUAAUAUAUGUAUGAAAGUUAAGAUAGAUGCUAAGUAGAUUUUUUGACAAUCAAGUAUUGUCAUUGUAAUUAAAACUUUUGAUUAGCUACAACAACAUAACCCAGUUUUUCUAUCGCUAGAAGUUUUCCUUAUAGGUCUGCACAGGCAUGAAAGUGAACCCGUCCCUUACCUGCAAGUCCCAACCUGAACCUGCCCAGUUUUGUACUGCCAAAUUUGACAACCAAAUCCAGCCCGAACCCACCUGCAUGUAUUAAUAGAGAUAGAUUCUUGCACCAACGCUUUGCUACUAAGUGAUUGAGUUGAAUGAUGAAAAUGAACUAAAAUGAACUCUUACCUGACUACCACUUAAAAUACUAUUGCAUAGUACAUGGCUGCUAUAGUACAUAUUUUAUCUGGUAUAAUGACCAGGACGUAAUGUUUUCACAAUGAAGAUAUCUUGAGUGUAGUAGGACUUUGUUGCACACAUACUAGAUUAUACUAAAGAGAGAGAGAGAGAGCACAAGAGGAGAAAAAGUCUGUGUUAAUUUUACAGUACAUAGGCAUAUUCCUUCAAAUAAAAUCAAAUCUACUACAUAAAAAAUCACCACUAGCCUGAUGUUGUACAUAAAAAAUCGGCUCAAAUCCAGCCCGAAAGUUGAUAAUAUGUCAGGCUACAAAAGGUUCGGAUGGGGUAGCAGACUUCUGUUUCCAGCCUUGCAACAGUUACGCAUGAAUGCAUUUGUGGUCGGAGCGUGGAUAGGUCAGUUGACUGUAUGAAAAUGAGUUAAAAACAAUGUUAGAGCCAGCAGAUGUCGCAUGCUUUCUUUCUAGAGCUUGGCCUCAACACUGCCCACAAAAGCCAUGCAUCUGUAAGUCUAGUGCCACUUAAAAGUGGUGGAUGUGACCACUAAGCUUCUGCACUCACAAAUACAGCGCCACUUUUUAUACUGCACCAAUAUAGUCACUUCCCCCCAGAGGGCUGGUUGUAUGUAGAAUCAAUUAUUUAUUUGUAUUUAAUUUAUACCAUUUGUAGGACUAAUGGAUUAACGUUGACUUUAACGAACGCCCAAUUUUAACUGCUUGUCUCACAGGGUCAAUAAUCAUGACUCUCAACACAAAUUGAAAGCUGCAUCACGAAAGCUUCUUACCUAACUUAUGGUAAAUAUAUACUUUAAUAGAUCUAUAUUAGACCCAUACUAUAUGGCAAUAGAUGGGCGAUGGAUUUCUGCUGUACACUAACAAACUAUACUGUUGCCAUUAAAUGUAUGGUUUUGUCUCUUGAUUGUGCUGCUCUUUUAGUAUUACUGUUAUUGUAUUACUGUUAUAAUGUGUUGAUAUAUUUAGAAUUUAUUUAAUGUACACUUUUCCAUGACACAGAAAGGAAAUAUUGUUUAUUAAUUUUGCUCAGAAUAGGUCAUGUCCUCUUUCAUCUGUGUAAAUAUUGGUUUUCUCGACUUCACACUUUACAAAGGAGCGGAACAGCAGUGUACUCAGUGCAUCCCAAAAUGGUAGAUGCUGUGAAUGCAUUUCAAAUAUUACUAAGCUUUGAUUGGAUAUUUUCUUACACUCGACCUUUAUGAUUGGCUCAGUACUGGUCUGGGGUAUUUGAAUGAGGCUAACUUGUGCCCCCUCUUUGUUUUGUAUUGUAUGUAAGUGGCAUUGCUGUUCUCUCUGUUCAUUUGUUACCAUUUACCUACACAGAAUUUUGGGUAGGAAUCUUACAUGAUGUACAUAGUGAGUGCUCUAAAACUCUUGUAGCAUUCUGCAUCCUUCUACAGAGGGUGAAGCUUAAUCUUUGUCUUGGUGAUCAAAUGGCAGUGUGUGAGGCGAAGUAUGUUUUUUUUUUUUUAUCACUUCCUGUUUAUACGACACUUUGCCUCAGUGUUGUCCAAUCAGACUGCAGUCCUGUUCUCCUAUCAUGCCUUUCACUUGACAUUAGUAGAGGAUCAUACUGAUGAUGUUGAGCGCUCUGUGGAAGGGCUCUAAAUCAGGUCCAAGGCGAUCCUGAAAUCGAUGUGAUGUCCUCGAUAAAUGCCUUCACGUUAAAGAGAGCUUUGUUUGGUGAACUCAUUGAAAACUCAUGUUGGACUUUUCAUCAGUUUCUGCGUUUUCCGAUACCUCAAAGCAAUAUUCUACCUGUUUGUUUUUCUCAUUGUCCUUGUUUUCAUUCCCGUCGAGUAAUCUGCCACCAGAACUUUUACUGCACCCUACAGAUGAUGAUUUACAAGCACAGACAAUUCACAGAGGAAUAGUGACUGUGAUCUCUGUGGCUUGUAGUCAUUUAGAGUGACCACUUUGAGGGUAACUGUGUUUUAUGGAAAUGCACACUCUUAAAAACAAAGGUUCUUUGGAGCGAUGUCAUAGAACUACUUUUGGUUUUCCUAAAACAGCCUUUCAAUGGAGGUGUGAAAUUUUUUUUUUAGUUUACAUAACUUUACAUAAUGUAAAGGUUCUAUACCAAUUAAAGGUCCUCUAAAGAGCUAAAGUCUAUCCUAAGACUUUUAGGAACCUGCAUUUUUAAGAGUGUAGAAAGCCAGUGAUCAUGGUACACCCAAACCUGCUCAGAAAUGGAAGAUAGGAGUUGUUUUGUGUGUCUGUAUUUUCCCUUUGCACUCACCUCUUUGACAGCUGCAUUUGCUGUCCUCAUAGAUGCUUUUCUUUUUCCAUAAAGACAAAAAAGGGAAUGGACUGGUGAAGUUCAGAACAGAUAAUAUAUGAAUAUGUUGUUGCACAUGAAGUUUAUUCUGUCUUUCUUACAUCUUCAGUCUGUCUGUGUGCUGGUUUCUGGCUUAAUGUAUACUCUGCUCUAGUCAGUAUACUCUACUCAGCUAGAAAAAGUGUGUUUUAAAUAUCAAGUGUCAAAGAGUUGAAAACAUAGAUUAUGCACUUCUGCAUUUCAACAGGAUUUUUUUCUCAUCUCAGAUUUUUGUUUUUUAUGAAUUCUGUAAAAAGCAGAAUUAUCACAUCAUAUUUCACAGAUUCAAAUUAUUAUUAUUAUUAUUAUUAUUGUUAUUAUUAUUAUUGCUGUUGUUAUUCAAAACACUAGUUUUGUAUCAAAAUCUGUUCCUUUUUUCUGUCAUCAGUGUCCCAAGACAGCUCUUUGAUUUAUUGCUUCUGCCUGCAGGGUAACAGUGUUUUAUGUAAAUCUAGUCAAAAAGAAAAAUGGCAUAUUACCAUAUUCACCAUGUAUGCGUGUAUGAUGAGAUGCUGCAACUUAAUCUGCUAGGCAAGCCUUUCUUUUUAGUAAAGCUCUGUCAUUUUCUCUA